AUGGCCGUGUCCAACCCUGCUUGUUCCCUCGACUCCGCUACCAACCACCAAUCUCCAACAGGGCCCUUAACCUGUAUCACUAGACACCUCAUAGUGAGCUACAGAGUGAAAGAAGAUGAAGACGUUUUUGGAAUUAAGGAUGAAGAGGGGGAGAUUACUGUCACAUUCGAGGAGGACGAAGAAGAGAAGACUGGAGAACUGAUUAACACCAGUAAAUACAGAGAGAUAUGGGACUAUCGUGGAUCCUCUGGGGAGCCUCAACAACCUCAUGAUGCUGAGAAGGCAGAGAAGAGUCUCUACACAUUAGAACACCUCAAGAAACACCCACAGAGUUCCACAGGGAAGAAACCUCACUGCUGCUCUGACUGUGGGAAGAGAUUCACCUCCACAGCAGCCAUUAAAAUUCAUCAGAGAAUCCACACAGUAGAGAAACCUUAUAGCUGUACUCAAUGUGGGAAGAGUUUUACUCAUUCAAACAGCCUGAUAUCACACCAGAGAACACACACAGGAGAGAAACCAUAUAGCUGUGAUGAAUGUGGGAAGAGUUUUACUACGUCUAGCAAGCUGACUACACACCAUAGAACACACACAGGAGAGAAACCUUAUAGCUGUACUCAAUGUGGGAAGAGUUUUACUCAGCUAAGCAACCUGAUAUCACACCAGAGAACACACACAGGAGAGAAAUCCUAUGGCUGUGAUGAAUGUGGGAAGAGUUUUACUCAUUCAAACAGCCUGAUAUCACACCAGAGAACACACACAGGAGAGAAACCAUAUAGCUGUGAUGAAUGUGAAAAGAGUUUUACUACGUCUGGCAUUCUGACUCUUCACCAGAGAACACACACCGGAGAGAAACCCUAUAGCUGUACUCAAUGUGGGAAGAGUUUUACUCAGCUAAGCAACCUGAUAACACACCAGAGAACACACACAGGAGAGAAACCCUAUGGCUGUAAGCAAUGUGGGAAGAUUUUUAUUACAUCUAGCAUUCUGACUCAACACCAGAGAACACACACAGGAGAGAAACCUUUUAGUUGUGGUCAAUGUGGAAAGAGUUUUACUCAGUCAAGCAGUCUGAUACGACACCAUGAGAACACACACAGGAGAGAAAGUAGUAGCAGUAUUUUAAUGAUGUCGUAAUGUAGAACCCUAAACGUUUGUCCCCUGUUCUAUUGAUUUCAACAUGAUAUGGAUAUUAGCCUCAGGGGAAAAAUCCAGGCUCUGAAAUGGAAGAGUACUAUUUAUGUGAUUUAACAAAAAGUGACUAACAAAAAAAGAGUUGUGUUACACUUAUCACUUUGGUGACCCACUUGAAUCAAAAUGUAGCUAGCUGUUUUCUACAAGUUGUCCUCUAACCAGGGAUGUACAAAUUUUUUCCCAGAUUCCGUGUGGUUUUUCAGCUGUUAGUUUUAACAGGACAUGCAACCUCAUCUCCCUCCUCUCGCAGAAUUGAUUACAACAUGAUAUUGAUGAGUUAUGACAAAUAAGUGUUGCGUUCCUUUGUUUAGCGACCCCUAAAUUUAAAUGCAUCACUCCAAAAUGUAGCUGACUGUCUUCGACAGGUUGUCUUCUAACCAGUGAGGUAAAAGAUAUCUCCCAUUUCCAUGUGUUUUUUUAGUUGUGUUAGUUUCAACAGCACGUACAACCUGAUUUCCACCCUAAUCGAUAUCAGUAGUUUAUUGCUACUUGUCAAAACAACAGCAUUUUUGGUGCUUGUGUCCAUGGUGAGGACAACUUGGUUUCUGAUUGUCUCAAGGUGGGCAGUCAAAGAAAAUUGUGUUUGCAUUUAGCCAGUGAGUUGCCAUGGAUCUUAUUUUGACUGCAUGUUUUUCCGUAUUGGAGACGAGUUUUGUUUGGGCUCGUUCCAAGUGGACGAGAGUUCUAGAAGCAAGUGAGUUUUAGGAAGACAGUCAGAAGCUAAUUUUAUAAUUUUAUAAAUUUCUAUUUUUUUCUAUUUUUUUAAUUGUUGACAGCCAGUAGACCCCAUGUUUAUAUUGGUGAAGGUGAAGCAUUGUAGUUGAUUUAUAAUGUGAAAUGGAAGUUGUUUUCUGUUGGUGGUGAGCAAACUUGUUCAUCAAAAAUAUAGGAUAUAUUGGUGGUGAGCAUUCUCUUAAGGUGUUUUAAGGGGGAAGGUGUUACAUUCUUUGGUUUUUCCAUUUAUGUUUUGAGGUUGGACUUUAGCACGUCUAGCCCGUUAGCACGUCUAGCCCGUUAGCACGUCUAGCUCGUUAGCACGUCUAGCUCGUUAGCACGUCUAGCUCGUUAGCACGUCUAGCUCGUUAGCACAUAGGACGCACUGAUUGGUGUCACCUCGUUAGUCAGUGUGUGUUACACCUGUGC